AUAAGGUUUAUGGAAAGAAUUAAUGAAUAAUUUUUGGGAGUAAAAUAUAAUUAUUAAAAUAUUUAACAGUUAAUCUUAAAUAUAUUAAUGUGGAGAAUAUCAAAAUAAUUAAAGAAUAGGAAAAUGGAAUAAUAUAUAUAAAAGUGUCGAAAUGUAUUAUUUUGUUUGAUAUUUUUAAGUGGAGGCGGAUAAUACUAUAUUUAAAAUGGAUUUGAAAUAAAAUAAGGAAAAUGGAUUGAAUUAAGUCAUCAGUUUUGGGAGUUAAGUUUUUAAUAUUAAAUCUUAGAUAUGGUUAAGUCAUUUAUGAAGGAGAGUAUGAGAAAAAUAAAAAAAUUGGUCUCUGGAAUAUUUAUUAUAAGAUAAAUUAAAAAGAAAAAUAUGAAUUGAUGUAUGUAAUAAUGAUUAUAAAAGUGGUGGUGGAAUAUAUGACAGUACAAAAGGAGAAAAUAUAAAGAUAGGAAAAUGGUUUGAACUGAGCGAUUAAUUUUGGAAGUAUUAAAUUAUUACUACAGUAGUAAAAAAUAAAUCUUUUAUGAAGGUUUGUAUAAUGAGAAUGGUAUUAAAGUUGGAAGAUGGAAUAUAUAUUUUAAAGAUUAAGAUCUCAAUUAUAAGAAAAUUUUAACGUAAUGAAAAAUCAUUUUAUAAUCAUAAUUUUUAAAGUGGAGGGGGUGAAUAUAUUAAUCACAAUGAAGUUAGUGAAAUAAAAAUUGGAAGAUGGAUAGAAUUGAGUGAUGGGUUUUAUCAGUAAUAGAAUUAAUUAGAUUUUAAAAUAAAUUAGAAGUAGCUAAGUUACUUACAAUGGACUCUAUAAAAAUGGUAAAAAACUUGGAAGAUGGGAUAUCUUAUUUAACGGGAAAUAAAUGUAAAUUUUAUUUAAAUUAUAUUUUAUAAAAUUUUCCUUUAAUUUUUUAGUGGAGGUGGAUCAUACAAUGAUUCAUAAGAUAGCAAUUACAAAUUAGGAAAAUGGAUAGAGUUAUCUGAAAAUUUUUGUAAGUAUUAUAUCGGCCUACUAUUAAAGCUUGGGUUAAAUUACUUAUAUAGGGGAAUAUAGAAAUGGUAAGAAAGUUGGUAGAUGGGAUACUUUUUAUAAAGGACAUUGGAGUUAAAAUAAUGAAAAAAUGUAAAUUCCGUUUAAUCUAAUUAUAUAAUAGAGGGAAUGGAUAAUAUGACGGUAGAAAAGGUAGAGAAGGAAUCAAAAUAGGAAGAUGGAUAGAAUUAAGUGAUGACUUUCAUCAGUAAAACAAUUAAAUUUAAAGUUCCUAGUUAUAGUUAGGUCACUUAUAAUGGAGAAUAUUAAUAAGGUAAAAAAUUUGGUAGAUGGGAUAUAUCAUAUAAAGGAUAAUAAAUGUAAAUUUUUUGAAGAUAUUUUGAAUAAAUUAAAUUAUUUUAGUGGUGGUGGAUCAUAUGAUGAUUCUUAAGGAAAUAAUUAUAAAAAAGGAAAAUGGAUAGAUUUAUCUAAUCGCUUUAGGGAGUAUUUAAUUAGAUUUAAUUAUUAUCCAAGCGUAAGCUAAGUGAGUUAUGUUGGUGAAUAUUAAAAUGGUAUAAAAGUAGGAAGAUGGGAUAUUUAUUUUAAGAAUGAUGAUACAAAGUAAAAUUAAAUAAUGUAAGAUGUUUACUAAAUUAGUGGGGGAGGAAUUUAUGAUAGCAAAGAAAUUAAGGGCAAAAUAGGAAAUUGGGUUGAGCCGAACGAAGGGUUUUGGAUGUAAAUUAUUUCAUCAGAUUUAACUCAAUUAUUUUAAUAUUUUAGGUAUAAUUAAGCCAUUUUCAAAGGUGAAUAUAAAAAUGGUAAAAAAGUUGGUAAAUGGCUUACAAUCUUUAAAGGAGAAUAAAUGUAAAAAUUCAUUAUCUUCAAACUUAAAAUAAUAGUGGUGGUGGUUUAUAUGAUGAUUAAGAUGGAAAAAAAAUAGGAAAAUGGAUUGAAUUAGAUGAUAAAUUUGGAGAGUAUUUGAAUCGAUAAUAUUUUCAAAUAUAUUUUAGUUC